UCGUGCUUUACGGCUAGCAGGCCUUAACAGUGUCCGGUUCCGGUGGUUGGUUCCUUAAACUUUGUUUUCUUUGUUUUUUUAAAAUUUUUUCUUUUUUUUUUCUCCUCCUUAUUGCCAAGACUUCGGCCAAGGAGAGAGUAAUUCCUCCAACACUUCGCUGUUGGAAGCCUGAAAUUGUGUUACUUUCGAGAGAGUUGCUCCCUUUCCUGCAUCUUUUCCUUUACGUACAUUUUUUUCUUACGAAAGAGAAUUGGAUUCCUCUUUUGCACUUUUCUCCCUUCCUGCCCUCCUCAUGUCUCGCUGUGUUAUCUGGCUUUAGUUUAGUUCUUGGGGAGAAUUGCAUUCUGCGGUGCGGAGGGUGGGCAGGCUCUCGGUACCGUGUCGUGUCCCACACCUACACCCCUUAUCCGCUGGCCCCCUUGUCUAUGCGGAUCUUGGUGCAUCAUUGCCCCGGGGUGAGAAAUGGAGCCCGACGGCUGUCUGGACUCAUCCCUGCCUGGAGAAUGCCCUUCCUCCGCCGUCACACAGGCCUUGUCCCAAAUUUUGCAUCAUCUCACCUGCCAGGAGUCCCGAAGGAACAAGGCCAGAAAUGCAGCUCUUGAUGACCUCAGGGUGCUCAUAGACUCUACAGAAUGUGCUAGACUGUGUGGGGGCGAUGACCCCUCGUCGUCUCCCCCGGUGCCUGCGGUCCUGGGGCAGGUGGCUAAAGCCCUGGAGAAAUUGGCAUCGCCUCCCAAAGAGCAAGAAGGGAGAAGUGACCGUCACUCAGGAGUGGCCCAGAAGGCUACAGAAGUUGGUGCACUGUUUCUUCAGCAAUUGGGGAAAAUUGAAGCUGCCAAGAAUUCCUUUUGCCCGGCAUGGAAGACAGGCUUGCGUCAUUUAGCAGGACCUGUGUAUAUUUUUGCCGUCACACACACUUUGGAGCAACCUUGGACCAACCAAAGAUCCCGAGAGGUUGCCGGAAAGGUGCUCGCUUUACUGCUAAAAGUGUCGGAGUGUGGUUCCGUGGCAGGAUUUCUACACGGAGAAAAUGAAGACGAGAAAGGGAGUUUUUCGCUCAUAAUGGGACUUCUCAAACCAGAUAUGAAUAAGGAAUCCUGGAAGAAUAAUCCAGCUACCAAAUAUGUUUUUUCAUGGACCCUGAAACAGGUCACUCGACCCUGGCUGAACCAAUAUCUGGAAAGAGUAUUUCCUCCAUCUUUGCUCAUCUCAGAUGACUAUCAAACUGAGAACAAAAUUCUGGGCGUGCACUGCUUACAUCACAUUGUACUAAAUGUGCCAGCUGCUGAUUUGCUCCAGUAUAACAGGGCGCAGGUCCUAUAUCAUGCCCUUUUCAAUCACCUGUAUUCACCGGAGUACCAGCUCAUUCAGGCGGUGCUCUUGUGUCUUCUGGAUCUAUUCCCCAUCUUAGAGAAAGACUUACACUGGAAGGGUGGUAUAGCUAGACCCACCACACAUUGUGAGGAGGUGCUACAGCUGGUCCUGACCCACAUGGAGCCAGAGCACCGCCUGCUUUUACGCAGGACCUAUGCAAGAAACCUCCCAGCCUUUGUGAAGAGGUUGGGGAUCCUAACUAUCCGGCACUUGAAGAGACUUGAGCGAGUUAUCAUUGGCUAUCUGGAAGUUUAUGAUGGCCCAGAGGAGGAGGCUAGGUUGAAGAUAAUGGAGACCCUAAAACUUCUCUUGCAGUAUGCUUGGCCCAGAGUUUCCUGUAGACUUGUGGUCUUACUGAAGGCUCUCUUGAAACUGGUAUGUGAUGUAGCAAGGGACUCAAGCCUUACACCAGAGCUUGUGAAGAGCUCCUUAUUAGAUGAGGCCACAGACUGCCUGAUUCUCCUGGACCACUGCUCUCAAGGACAGGUGAAGAGUCUCCUGGCCAAAAUUCCCCAAAGCUGUGAUGAUAGCAAGGUUGUGAAGUGUAUCAGCAAAGUGCAGCAAGCUUCCAAGGAAACAUCGUAUGCUGAAACUUAAUUUUUUUUUCUUGCUAGAGAGGAUUUUCUUUAUUUAUUCAGUUGUAUAAAUGGAGCUAUUUUAAUAGGCUUUUUUUUUUUUUUACAAUAAACAUUUUAACCGAGA